GUCAGACGGUAGAUGUACGUUGACUGUGAAUAGAAAAAUAUACCUUGAAAGUUGUCUCCAAUCAGAAAGCCACGAUGACUGUAAUACAGUACUUGAAAGUCUGCUGCCUCUUGUCACCAAUGUACUGUAAUAUUAGCCUUGGCCUGGUAAUGGAUGCCAGCCUGGGCGCCAUGCUGCUUGAUGCAUUAUUGACUAGUUAAAAGAAGCAGACUUGAGCAGUGGGAUCAGAUAGACACACAGCCACAUCACCUUUCGCCAUUAUUUGGAAUAUUCGAAGAGAUCAGCACCACGGACAGCUCCCAUACCACGACAAUGAGGAAUGCUAUUUAUCAGUCAUGAAAUAACGAUGCCCUGCAAUUGGCUAGUGUCCAGUCCUACGGUGUACCUUCACCAACAGACUCCAGUGUAGAAAAUAGAUGGAGUGAUAAUGGGGUUGCAUAAGUGCGCACACCCAUUUAUGUGGGGAAGUGACUGGAUACAAAUUGUACCAAUCACAUUGGGAGUCAGCACACAUCUGUCACAAUUUAAAACAGCUCUGAUUAACAACAAAUGAGGUUGAAGCUGUUCUAGUAGGCUUUUCGUGACAUUUUUUUUCUUCUUAACCAUCAACCUGUGCAUGGCUAUUAAGUGAUUUUACCUUGCGCAUGCACACAGCUCCACCUGUUGUAAUUGUAGCUGAGUAAAGUGCAAGAGGAGGGAGGUGAAAAAAGACGACGAAGAGGGGGGAGGAUGAGAGGGAGGGCUUGCUGCGGGGGGGGGGCAAAACAGACGCGCUCAGUCCAGAGCGGGACAACUUGCAAAGAGAGAGCGAGGACAACGAGGGCAGGAAGAAGACACAAAGAUGAUGAUGAUGACCAUGGACGGCAAGCAGCACUUCGGCCUUCACGAGGGCAUGCGCAGAGUGUGCGGGCAGGGGCCUCAGCUCCAGGCCAAUAUAUUGGGAGGCGGCGUGGAGGAGAGCCUGCUGGCUCGAGCGGAGGCUCUGCAGGCGGCGGCUGACAGCAUCCUCGUCUCCCAGGCAAGGAGAGACGCCAGCUUCCAUACCAUGAGCGGCGUGCCCUCCUGCACCGUCGCCGCCUCUUCCUCCUCUUCCUCCACCGUCUCGUCCAUCAUCGCCUCACACCAUCAUCACAACUUUCAGAACCACCAGCUGGGACCCAGCCUGGAGGCCGGGGACCUUCUGGAGCACCUCUCCAGCAGCCUGGGGAUGACCGGGAUGGGCGCUCCCGAGCCGGGCGUGACGCACCACCACCAGCACCCUCACCACCAUCAUCACCACCACCACCUCCAGACCAUGGGGCAGCUGCACCAGGCCAUGGCCGCCAUGGGCCACCCGCACUCGGCCGUGCCGGCGCACGGCGACGUGGAGUCGGACCCGCGUGAGCUGGAAGCCUUCGCUGAGCGUUUCAAGCAGAGGCGGAUCAAACUCGGCGUAACCCAGGCGGACGUGGGCUCGGCCCUGGCCGACCUCAAGAUCCCCGGCGUGGGCUCCUUGAGCCAGAGCACCAUCUGCAGGUUCGAGUCGCUCACGUUGUCGCACAACAACAUGAUUGCGCUCAAGCCCGUGCUGCACGCCUGGCUGGAGGAGGCGGAGGCGGCUCACCGGGACAGGAGCGCCGCCGCGCCGGAGCUCAUGGGGGGAGGGGGCGGCGUGGCGGACGACGCCAGGCGGCGGAGGCGCACUUCCAUCGCCGCCCCGGAGAAGCGCUCCCUGGAGGCCUACUUCGCCAUUCAGCCCAGGCCGUCGUCGGAGAAGAUUGCCGCCAUUGCCGAGAAACUGGACCUGAAAAAGAACGUGGUGCGUGUGUGGUUCUGCAACCAAAGGCAGAAGCAGAAGCGCAUGAAGUACUCGGCCGUACAUUGACUUUGAAGGCGUCAUCAAUAAAACAGCUCUGAUGACGCAUUCUUCAUCAACUCAUAACAAUGAGAAUCCCGUCGGAUUAAAUUAACACGGCAGAUCUUCACUUCUGAUAUUUGGGAUUUUCUCCUCUAUUUUUCUUCAUUUUAUUGCACUUUUUCGGGAGGGGUUCUCAAAGGGGACAUUUUUCCAAACAGCACCCCAUAACGUCGUUAACUGUAAAUUCAACAGUUCAUAAACCAAUCGACAAUUUUCAUUCAUUAUCAAUUGACUCCUCUGAUAAUCGAUUUAGGAUCUUGUUAAACUUCUGCCUCUGAACGGUAAAUAUUCUGCAGGCCACCAUGAAAGAUUAUUUUUGUUGAACCAAGCUACAGCUCGCCGACCCCAGUUUGAGAACCCCGGUUUUUGAAGCAUUAAAACGAGACUUGUGGAACACUCCAUUAUGCUUGUUAUAAAUACACCAGCCACUUUAUGUCACAUUCAGGGAUAUUUACGUCACUUUAAAAAUGGACUCUUCUAUGUUGAGGACCGAAUGUGUGCUUGUUGACAUCACUUCAUCACGUCUAUGUGCAAAUGUGAUCACCCCCCCCGAACACAAAUGAAUGAUUGCCGCGUGGAUUGUUUGAAUUAUUUAGAACACUAUAUUUUAUGAUCUUUUCUGUUUUGGAGCAUUGUAACAAAUGUUUAUGCAUUUCCAAAAGCCAGCAGAUCUAACGGAGCACUCGUCAGUCAGUUUAUUAGGUUCACCUGCG